ACGUCCGCCGGGCGAGCGGCGGGGCCGGGCCGGGCGCUGCGGCGCCAUGAAGGAGUGCGAGUACCGGCAGAUCCCGCCCGGGGCAGCGGCUCCCGGGCCGGGCGCGGUUCUCUCCUUACCUCAACCGGCCGCCGGCCCGGAGCGAGCCGGCGCGGCCCGGCGGCCCCGGCGGAAGUGGGAGGUGUUCCCGGGCCGCAACCGCUUCUACUGCGGCGGCCGCCUCAUGCUGGCGCGGCACAGCGGCGUCUUCGCUCUCACCCUCGGCCUCAUCCUGGCGACCAGCGGCCUCUUCUUCGCCUUUGACUGCCCCUUCCUUGCCAGUCACCUGACGCUGGCCAUCCCCAUCAUUGCAGCCAUCCUCUUCUUAUUUGUCAUCAGCUGCCUGCUCCAGACAAGCUUCAGAGACCCAGGUAUCCUGCCCAGAGCCACCCCAAGUGAGGCUGCAGACCUGGAAAAGCGGAUUGACAGCAUGGGUACCUCUACCUAUCGCCCGCCAGCCCGCACGAUGGAAGUGGUCAUAAACAAGUAUGUGGUGAAGCUCAAGUACUGCUACACCUGCAAAAUGUUCCGCCCUCCACGCACCUCUCACUGCAGUGUCUGCGACAACUGUGUCGAGAGGUUUGAUCACCACUGCCCCUGGGUGGGCAACUGCGUGGGAAAGCGCAACUAUCGCUACUUCUAUGCCUUCAUCCUCUCCCUCUCCUUCCUGACAGCCUUCAUCUUCGCUUGCGUCGUCACCCACCUCACUCUGCGCUCUCAGAGAGAUGGGUUCCUCGCCACUCUGAAGACCACACCAGCGAGUGUGCUGGAGCUGGUGAUUUGUUUUUUCUCAGUCUGGUCUAUUUUGGGCCUCUCAGGUUUUCACACUUACUUGGUCGCCUCCAACCUGACAACAAACGAAGAUAUCAAAGGGUCCUGGUCCAAUAAGAGGGGCUCGGAGUUUGCCAAUCCCUACAGCCAUAAAAGUAUCCUCACAAACUGCUGUGCAGUGCUGUGCGGACCAUUCCAUCCCAGUUUGAUAGACAGAAGAGGAUUUAUCCAGCCAGAUGUCGGGACCCCAUCCAGUCCGAAGAGCGAAAUCCCUUCCUUUGGAGCCAAAACUGACACCAGCAUGGUAGGAGGCAUUCCCUAGCAGUGCUGUGAUGUAGCCCAGUGCCUUCUGUGCCUGCACCUCGCUCCAGCCAGAACUUUCCCCUCUCACCAUCUCCCUGGCCUCAGGCGGGACAGCCCUGUGAUGCAGAGCUGUGAAAGACUCAGUCGAGCCAUACGUUGCCUUUUUUUUUUUUUUUUUAAUUUAUUUAUUAUUUUUUAUUUGUUUCACUGUGAUGUGGGCUGUCUGGACUUUCACCUGAGAAAGCCCAACAGCAUGCAAGACCCUCGGACUCGUGCAGAAAGCAGGAGGUCCCUGCUGCAACUGGGAAGCAAAAAAUAGGUCUGGGGAGGCACCAGACCUCUGAGCCCGGAGCGGCUGCUCCGGGGGCUCGCUGUGUUCCCUGCCUGGAGUAACGAGGUGGACCAAGGGUGGGAGGUGGGGACUGGCAAAUGGUUCCCACUCGGAGCUGGGCUGUCGCACCUCAUCUUCUGGGCUGUUCCCCGACAUCUCCGUGAACAUGCCCGGCUCCCCUCUGCCCACGUGGAAGGGAUGUUCUGUCUCUUAAUGGCCGGGUUCUCACCUCGGCUGCUGCCGGAGCAGCUUUUCUUUUCCAGAAGCUGCUGUGCCUUGGUAAGUUGGGGCUGUUCAGCUGGGAGGAGUCUUGGCUAGCUAGAUGUCCCAGCUGCUGUUGGUCCUAUUUUCUGGCUGGUCACUGAGGGGGUGCUGAAGAGCUCUUUGUGUUUUGGCCCUGCCAGUCAGUAAGACAACGAUCUGCAGCGAGGACACAAGUUAGGAUGCCCCCCCCUUUUAAUGGGGAAGAAGAAACACGCAGUGUUCUGUGGCUCAUGUCAUGAGAUGGUGGUUGGCAAGGCUAGAACUGUAAGGGAAUCUUAGCUUGCUAGGAAAGCCUGGUUACGUCCUGCCUGUAGGAGACCAAAAAGCAACAGAAAAGUGUGUGAAUUCCUGAGGGUGACCCCCUCCCCAGGUGGAAUUUCACAGAGGAAAAGCAGUGAGUGGGUGCUGGUGUCUGAUAACCUCACGUUUGUGCUCUUGGUUUGGGUUUCUGGCAGGCAGACGAGAGCAGGGCUGUCCCCAGCGCCUCGGGAGCGAUCCCCGUGUGCCCGGGCUCACCCGUGGGCAUCGCUCCGUGCCCGUGGAGGCACAGGAGGGCCGGGCUGGGCAGCCAGCUCCACGUCACCGACACUCGAGUGCACGCAGGGGAGAGUCACGGACCUUGUUAGCAAUACUUGAAUCAUGUUAUUAAAAGCUGCUGGAUAUUUUUGCACAAUUUGUAGAUUUGAUUUGAUUUUUUUUUUUUUUUUUUUUAAUGUAGAUCCUUUUAUAAUCAGUGCAGGUAGUGUUGUGCAUGUUAGCACCAGGGCAGAGGCUGGCAGCGUUUUGUGUCAAACCUAACCUGGUUAGGUUUCCCUGGGUCAGACACGUGUAUUUCAACCUCAGGCAGAGGCAGCGCGUUUCUGGGGGCGGCCCGUCCCCACCGAAUUCACCGGCGUCGUGCUUUGCACGCCGCGAGCGACUGCGCACAGCUUCGGGGCACGCCGGGCGACGGCCGAGGCGCAGGUUUCCCCUGGCCUUGCAUUUCUGGCUGGCUGCACGGAGAUCUUGGUGCUUGUUUGCUGUGGCCACCGGCUCUACCUUCCCCCUGGCCCAGAGCCCGGGUGAGAGCACGGUGGCGGCUGCUGAAUUUCUACCGGAUCCCGGCAGAUGGCCCUCACCGCCCGGGGAGGCUCCCGGUGCUGUUUUGCCCGUCGUCCCAGCCCUGCAGCUUCGGGCCAUGCCCAAGUUGCACCCCGAGAGGCCACCCUGCCCUUCCCUCCCUGCUGCUCCCACAGGGAUGUCCCCAGGGUCCUUGUCCCUGCCUUCGAGGACCUUCCCGGGGAGGCGUGGGGCCGGGGCGAGCCGAGCUGUGCUGAGAGGGUCUGGUGCUGCAGAGUGAGGAGCAGUGUUGGGGGUGUUACCAGGGGCCAAACUCCUGUUUUUAUUUAAACUGGUUUCCUUUGUUACUCGAUAUAAUAAAAUUAUAUUUUUAAAGAUUUAA